AACCAUAAUGUGUGUUUCCAAAGCCAGUAACAAGUUUCCACGAGUGCCGAGGAGGUGAGCGUCACAGGCUCAGAGCCUUUAUCUGCUGCCCCCGUGUUUACUUCCCUUUCUCUGAGGCUUCUACCAGUUCUCCGGGCUGACCCCAUUCUUUCUCCUCUCACCAUGAGGUGGAUCCAUCUUCUACUGCUCGGCCUUCUCUCCUUCUGCCAUGUCAGAGCCGACGGCUCCCAAAACGCCUCCUCCGCCGAAUCCUCGGAGACUUCCAGCGAGGAGAAGAGCGAUGACGUCCUAGAAGAGGACAACGUGCUGGUCCUCAACACCAAGAACUUCGACAACGCUCUGCAGACUUACAAGUAUCUUUUGGUUGAAUUUUAUGCACCAUGGUGUGGACACUGCCAGGAACUCGCCCCCAAGUACAGCAAGGCGGCGGAGACCCUUAAGGACCAGACAUCAGAGGCCCGGCUGGCCAAAGUGGACGCCACGGUGGAAAGUGCAUUGGGCGAAGAGUUUGGCGUGAAGGGCUACCCGACACUCCUGUUCUUCAAGGGCGGAAACAGAACUAGUCGCAUCGACUUUGGAGGCAGGAGAGACGCAGACGGAAUCGUCAAUUGGAUGCUGAGGAGGAUGGAGCCCUCCACCACCGUCAUUGAAACGGCCGCCAAGGCAGACGAGUUCAUCAAGUCUCACGAGUAUUCUGUUAUCGCUUUCUUCCAGGAUCCUCAAGACUCCGAUCUGAAGACCUAUGGUGAAGUUGCUGACACCUCCGAAGAUUUCACCUUUGCCAUCGUACAUAAAAAGGAAAUAUUCCAGAAAUUCGGGGUCACUGCAGAUGCCGUCCUUUUCUUCACCCAGUCAGGUGAGAAAUAUGAACACAAGUUGGACGAGGAGGUGGGCUUGGACAAGGACGAGCUCUCCCGAUUCCUGUCGGCGAACAGCAUGGAUCUGGUGACAGAAUACAAUGAAAAGACCUCAGAAAGGAUUUUCGCAGCCAAGAUCCCAAAUCACCUUCUGCUGUUUGUCAACAAGACGGAGGAGUCACAGCUCCAGCUGGUGGAGAAUUUCCGUGGUGCAGCUGCUGAAUUUAAAGGCCAGGUCCUUUUCGUCUCCAUUGAUGCUGCUGGGCCUCACGCGGGAAUUCUGGAAUACUUUGGACUCCAAAACAGCGACAUCCCGACCAUCCGAUUCAUCAACAUCGAUCUGGUGAAGAAAUACGCCUUCAGGGCGGAGAAAAUAACAACGGAGGCCGUGAGGGAAUUCUGCCAGGGGGUCCUGGAUGGCAAAAUCAAGCAAAAUCUCCUGACCGAAGAGCUGCCCGAAGACUGGGACAAGAAACCCGUCAAGGUCCUUGUGGGCACUAACUUCGAUGAAGUUGCUUAUGACGAGACCAAGAACGUGUUUGUAGAAUUCUACGCCCCUUGGUGCACUCAUUGUAAAGAGCUGGAACCGAUCUGGGAGGAACUGGGAGAAAAGUACAAAGAUCACCCGAAUGUCAUCAUUGCUAAAAUGGACGCCACAGCCAAUGAGAUCGACGGGAUGAGGGUGAGAGGAUUCCCCAACCUGAGGUUUUUCCCUGCUGGACCAGGGCGCAAGAUGAUUGAGUACACGAAAAAUAGAACAGUGGAACUAUUUACCAAGUUUAUCGAUAGCGGAGGAGUUCUACCCGUGGAUGAAGAGGAACAGUUGUUAGAAAAUUUAAAAGACGAUCAACGGGGAGACAUUAAAGUCGAAGACGUCGUAGAUGACACACGGGGAGACAUUAAAGUUGAAGACGUCGUAGAUGACACACGGGGAGACAUUAAAGUUGAAGACGUCGUUCCCGAGAAGCCAAAAGAAGAGUUGUAG